UAUUCAGUGCGUUUUUUUGUGCCACCAGCAGCAACAACAGCAGAAGCCCCAUUGUUCACUGCUGCAUACUGUUGCUGUGUGCACCUUUUCUGGUGGAGUCGCCUCGUCGUCGUGCGAAAUCGUGCGAACAAGUCGCGCUAUCGAGAAGCAGCUCCAAAGCUCGUUCGAGUGGAUCCCGCCUUCGAGGUGUCGAGCGAUCCAGAUUACGAUUGAUAUUUCUCCAUCACGUCUUUUCGGUGCCAACCCGGGCGAGUUGCGCACUAAUUUGGAUCCCGUGUGUAUCCUCGGAAUAGUGUUUGAGCGUAUGGUGCAUGUACGUGUGUAAGUGAACGGGCGUGAGAUUGGGUGGAAAGUGUAUCGGGAUCCCCCACAAAAAAAGGGAAAAAUUCCAAACCGCCAGCGGGAAGAGUGCACAAACGGGUGGAAGUAGAAAGUGAACCUUUUAAAAAAGAAGGAAAAACCCCAAACGGUGAAAAGUGCGCGUGUGUGUGUGUGGUUGUGGUUGUUGUAGAACUAAGAAAACUCACCAAAAAAGGGUAAAAAAAACCAUCAUCCGUUGCAAGCCAAAGCCAAGCGCGCAAGAUGGCGGAUCUGGAGGCAGUGCUGGCCGACGUCAGCUACCUGAUGGCGAUGGAGAAAUCCAAAUGCAUGCCAGCAGCCCGGGCGAGCAAGAAAAUCGUUCUACCCGAUCCAAGUGUUCGCAGUGUGAUGCACAAAUACCUCGAGAAGGAAAAUGAGGUCAACUUCGACAAAAUUUUCAACCAAGUACUAGGAUAUUUAUUAUUCAGAGACUUCUGCGACAACGUAUCGGAAGAACCAGUGCCACAUUUGAAAUUCUACGAGGAGAUCAAAGCCUACGAAAAGACAGAGUGCCAUGAUGAGAGGCGGAAGCAGGCGCGAGAUAUUUACGAUAAUUACAUCAUGAAAGAGAUGUUAUCACACACUCACGAAUAUUCCAAGGAAGCGGUGGCACACGUCCAGAAGUAUCUGAUGAAAAACCAGGUACCAGUGAAUCUGUUCGAGCCGUACAUCGAAGAAAUUUUUCACCAUUUGCGCGGCGAACCGUUUCGAAAGUUCCUCGAAAGUGACAAAUACACCCGCUUCUGCCAAUGGAAAAAUUUGGAACUCAACAUACAGCUGACGAUGAACGACUUCAGCGUACACCGGAUCAUCGGGCGGGGUGGCUUCGGCGAGGUGUACGGGUGCCGCAAGGCGGACACCGGCAAGAUGUACGCAAUGAAGUGCUUGGACAAGAAGCGUAUCAAGAUGAAGCAGGGCGAAACGCUGGCGCUGAACGAGCGGACGAUGCUGUCGUUGGUCAGUACGGGGGUCGAUUGCCCAUUCAUCGUGUGCAUGACGUACGCCUUUCACACGCCGGACAAGCUGUGCUUCAUCCUGGACCUCAUGAACGGUGGCGACCUGCACUAUCAUCUGUCCCAGCACGGUGUCUUCAACGAGUCGGACAUGAAGUUCUACGCGGCAGAGGUAAUCCUCGGCUUAGAGCACAUGCACAAACGGUUCAUCGUGUACCGGGACCUGAAGCCUGCCAACAUACUGCUGGACGAGAAUGGCCACGUACGCAUCUCCGAUCUCGGGUUGGCCUGUGAUUUUAGCAAAAAGAAGCCUCACGCAUCGGUUGGCACCCACGGCUAUAUGGCGCCGGAGGUCCUGUCGAAGGGCACACCGUACGACUCGAGCGCCGACUGGUUCAGCUUCGGCUGCAUGCUGUAUAAACUGCUCAAGGGCCACUCACCGUUCCGGCAACACAAAACCAAGGACAAGCACGAGAUCGAUCGGAUGACACUAACAAUGCAACCUUCGUUCUUGCAGAACGUAGAGCUGCCGGAAUCGUUCAGCAAAGAACUGAGGGACCUGCUGGAGGGCCUGCUGCAGCGAGACAUCGACAAGCGAUUAGGCUGUAAGGGCGGCGGUGCGGACGAGGUUAAAUCCCACCCAUUCUUCACCGGCAUCGACUGGAACCAGGUGUACUACCAGAAGUACACACCACCACUAAUACCACCGCGCGGUGAGGUCAACGCCGCCGAUGCGUUCGAUAUCGGAUCGUUCGACGAGGAGGAUACCAAGGGCAUCAAGCUGACGGAGCAGGACCAGGAGCUGUACCGGUACUUCCCGCUCACCAUCUCCGAACGGUGGCAACAAGAGGUGGCAGAAACGGUGUUCGAAACGGUCAACACCGAGGCGGACAAGGUGGAGCAAAAACGCAAAGCCAAACAGAAGACGCGCUUCGACGCGGACGAGAAGGACUCGGACUGCAUACUACACGGGUACAUUAAAAAGUAUGGCGGCUCGUUCGCGUCCGUUUGGCAGACGCGCUACGCCAAACUCUAUCCCAACAGGCUGGAACUGCAUACCGAAAGUGGCAGCACCAAACCGGAGCUGGUGUUCAUGGAUCAAAUCGAGGAGGUAUCGCCCGACUUUGUGCAGUUUAAGAACGAACAGUGCGUCCAGGUCCGGUUUCGCGAUGGCAUUCGCGAUGGCAAGCUGAUUCUGACGAAUUCGGAUGAAAUUGGACUCAAGGAAUGGGCACUUUCGUUACGGGCAGCGCACAAGGAAAGUCAGGAGCUGCUCGGUUCGAUGGCGAAGAAGGCAGGGAAAAUUUACGGCACCGAGGGCCAACGAGGUACGACAGACGGCCGACAGAUGGGUGGUGCCGGAGCCGGGGGUGCUGGUGGCAUGGUGAUCGCGGGUUCCGGUGGUGCCGGUGGGGUGCUCGCCGGCAGUGGCCAGAAGAAUGCGAACGGAGGCUCCAACUAGCGGUUACUGUUGCGAUCUCGGUCCUGUUUCAUAGAACCGAAUCGUCUGAAGGAACCACUGCUGAAGAUGAAGUGCAAGGACACCUAAAUGCUAGGUUGCCAUUGUGUCAUCAUCAUCGUCACGCACGCAACGCACACUUACACAUAAACACAAAACCACAAAGCACGCGCAUCCGGUAGACCGAUCCGCGACCGGCAUACGGAUUCCAGUGUGCUCCAUGCAAGGCACAGCAUAUCGUCGAGCGAAUGCAAAGUUGUUUUUUGCAAAGUAUUACCAAUUUCAUGACUCCGAGUUGCAAAACGGGUUUUUUCUAUUAGGAAAAAAAAAUUAAGGUGAGUUUAGGCGAGACUGGGGCGUAAACGGGCGAGUUAAUAUUAGACUUUUACAUUUAAAAAACUGUCAGUGGCCACUUACAGAGCCGCCUCCAGCAGGGCCAGCAGAAGGAAAACAGCAUUGAUGCACAGGACACAGGUAAUGUGAAACAGCUCAUUCAUGUGUACGUACGUGUGUUCGUGUGCGUGGGUGAUUGGCUUUGUUUUUGUCUCCUCUUCUCGUUAUCGAAACGUUACAAGGGUCGAGAAUGGUGUUGGCUAACAUUGUGUACCUUUGCUGUGCGUCCGAUGUUGAUGCAGCAAAACGGUUUUGAUAUUUGCUGCCGAAAAGAUACAACAGUGAUAUUUGAGGAAUGAUAUCAAACAAAACCCCCGCGCCUUGCGUGGCUUAACACGUUCACCGGUGCGCAAGCUCCACCCGCUUGUACGACUGCAUAUGUAAUGGAAUUACAUUACGAGCAGUGGUGGUUUCCUGCUCCAUUUUCUCCUCAUUGGCUGCGGAAAUAGCUAAUCGGGUAAAAGCAAAAAAAAAAAAACACCGCCAAUGCCACCGGGGUAUAUAUAUAUAAUUUAAUUAUAAAGUAACAAAAUCAGCCCUAGUGAUAGCACUGACAAAACCGUCAUACAAAACAAAAUAAAAGGAAAACCUUACCAACAAACAAAAAUAUUAAUAGUGAAAGGAGCAUACACAAAUAUUUAGAAUAAUGAAUGUGUCAAUUUAGUAUUGUAUUACGAAGUGAUAAUCGAGUAGUGGGUUGGCGCAGGGACAAGACUACACAAACAAUUUAAAAACAAAAGAAGCACAUUGAGCAGAUGUUAUUAGAACUAUAUUAACGUAACAUUACGAUACAACAUCGUUUAUACAACGGGCGACAAAUGGGGUAACAAACAAAACGUGCAUGAAAAAUGAGAAGCGCAAACAUUAAGAGAAACACUUCUAGUAGCAGCAUUACAACAGCGGACUUUUUGCGUCGCUGUGGAGAGCAAUCAAUCCGGCACUCUUCCAUCAACAAUAGUUUCCAAUUGUAGAUCAAACUGGUUCGGUUCGGCGAUUAUGUAGAACGUGCCGGAAGAACACACCGAUCUGAGUGUACUUUCACCAAAUAAAAAGCUGUAAUUUUAUAUAGGAAUCGGCCGUCUCUUCCACAAUGAUGUAUGUACGACAUUUGCUAGUUAUUUUUCGACUCGUAACACAGUCUCCCCAACAUCCCGCGCUCUAUAAAUUGCUAUUUAAAGUAGAAAAUCUGUAACACUGAAGGCAGCUUUCCGGUGUUCCUAUUGAUGGUUUUCGUUACCAAACUCCCACAGAUCAGACACAAUCAAUGACAAUAGUGCAGCAGCAUCUGUAGCGAUGGGGCGCCAGCAGAAUGUUUAAAUUAAAAUUAAAAUAAAAUAACAUAACUUCUCUAAACAGUAAGCAAUGUCACAUCAACUAUGGUCAAUGGUAAUCAACUUGUAGAUUCCUCAGCAUUUGACGCGACUACGCAAUGGCCUCUCUCCUAUCAGAACACAUAGGAGAAAUCCUUUAGGGAUACACUGUAGGGACUGCUAUAGCAAAAACGCGCACGAACAAUCCUCAAUACUUAUUUUUUUUAUAACACACUACUUAGGGAACGAUCGAAGUAAACGCGAAAGUGAAACGAUCAGUUUGACAGCCAGUGCGAAACGAUACGAGCAAAACCACCAAUGCACGUGCGCUUAGUAGGCUGGGUGUAAGGAACUUCCUGUUUAAGUUGGAAAUACCGCGAGCGAGCAAUCAUUCGAAGAUCAGCUGAGGUGGCUCUGUCUAUAGAUGCAAUUGUAGAAGAAAUACCAUAUGUAUCCAAGUUUUGACAAAACUCUUAAAUGUGGCAAUAGCGUACCGGAGUAAUGCUAAACCGAAAGUAAUGCUACAGCUUUGGCAACGGCCAGCAGCGGCACGAACGUAAUUGUGUGUGUGUAGUUGUAUGUGUGUGUGUGUGCCACGAUAUUAAUUAAUUCAUUAAUUAUAUCUCUACAUUUAGUAGCUGAAAUGACUGGACCUAUAGUUAGCUAAAGUUGUUCGUAUGGGUUUGAAAUGCGCUGCGGCGGACGAAGCCAAAGGCAAAGUAAUCCCAAAGAUGGCUAGGCGAAGCAAAAAAAUGAAUGGAAGGAAAAAAACAACAAAAAUAAGUAAUUAUUAUAUAAAUUCAGCAGCUCACUGUUAUGCAACACCAAGACUUUAGAGUAGAUGAUUUGAUUUCGUUCUUUCAUCGUUCACGAUAUAAUUAUCGCGCGUCGAAAAUGUGAGACAACCGAAACACAGUGCAUAUAACGUUUAAUCUUUAAUUAUAUCUAACAGUAAAAGAAAAAAAAGAACAAGAUAAUUCGAUCAUGCAAACCAAAAAAGAAAUGUGUAAAUGGAAGCCCUUCAGUCAAAUAUGUAUAACUAUUAAAACAUACACGCUACAUACACGCAGAGAACAAAUGGAAACCCCACCAACACACUAGUUCAGAAGUUCACAAUUAAAAAUCGCAAAAGCACACUUAACAAAAACGAAACAAACACGAUCUUGAAUAGAAUAAUUAGUAAUAGAUUAACGGUUUUGUUUUUUCGCAUGUUCCCAAUCUUGUUUCUUAAAAACCCCGUUUGUAUUCUUUAUGGUUUUGCGCAAUACUUUUUUUUGUGGCAUUCAUUUUGAAGCUAUCAUAUAAUUAUUACAAAAUUAAAAUUCUUUAAAAAAUAAGAAAAUAAAUUCUGGAGAACGAUUAAAAUAUAACGAGACGCACAGUAUUAGCAGGACCACUAAAACACAUGUUUCAAAACAGUGAGAGAAAACAGAUUCUAACAAAUCAAUCACAAUCUGUUCUUGUUCAUGUUCAUGAACUUUGGAAACAUAUGCGUGUAACUGAAGCGUUGGUCUUAAAGCAAAUCAUUUCUUUUACAAAAAAGUGGAACAAUUCUACAAAUAAAAUAACUAGCUUUGGAUCAGGAACUCCUCCGUACGGUCGGUGCAAUGUUGAUAAUCAUAAAAUGAUGCAGUACGUAAAACUAGACCGUGGACGCUGGCAAUAGGCCGAUGAAGAACUCUACUCGAGCCUCACUGUGGAAUACAACUUUUGGUGGUUGCCUCGAGUUCCCGGCACUACUCGGCAGUGCAACAUAUGUAAGGCUCGCAAGGGCAUUUGCUGUACAUACUAGUAUAAUCGGUAAAUAAUCCCAUUGCGUGUUUAGUGUGUACGUGAUGAUGCCGUCAGGUGUUUGUGAUCGUAGGCGAUAUAUAAUUUCCAGUCUGUGUCCAUCGAUUUUCGCUGAAUUUUGUUCGAAACUGUAAUAAACGAUUGUUGCAUAAAACGGAUUCCGAUAGCUCUAAAUAAUACAGAAGAAACCAAGAAAAAGGAUGGCUCGGCCAUCAAGCGAAACGAGUUCGAUGGACUCAUAAAGCUUACACUGAUUGAACAUAAACAGCAUAUAGUAUUGUAGAAGAAAGCAUUGAAACAACUCAAUACAGCAGCAGAAAAACCCCAUAUAGAGAUACAAUUAUACAUGUUUUCAUGACGGGAAAGUUCGUAGGGAAAAACAUUUUCAAUGCUGCUACAGAUAUGAACCAACAGCAAGGGUUAUUAUCGUUGUAGGGAGCUUUGAGUGGCAUGCGGUACACAUUCACACACAGCCAAGCAUAUACUAACAUGUUUGAAAUAAUGGAUUUAGCGCAAACAUUAUAAAACAAGUCAAACAAAUGUGCAAGCGUUUAUGUUUAAAUGUUUGCCUGCCAUCACCGGUUUGGCAUAACUGAAAAAAUAUUUUCUAUCAAAGAAAUGUACUCGGUGUGUGUAGCAUAACGUGACCGCGCAUGAAUAGUGCGUACAAAGAGGAAGCAGGUGUUGGAAUCGACGAAACGCAGAAGGUGAGUAGGAAUUUUUAAAAUAAUUACCCAAAAAUAAAGGUUCAAUCGAUGGAGAACAUCAUUGACUUUUGCCAAAAAAAGAAAAAAGGAAAACAACUGUGGAAAACAUAAAAUUCCACAACAAAUUAUCUAAAUCUAGUGAUUGCUAGUGUACGUUAAGAGACAACUCUCUUCUCCUGUGAAUUGUACGUGUUAAUUUAACUGUGUAGUCUAUAAAGAACACAAUUAAAUGUUGACAUCAUGCAAACAUCUGAAAAAAUAAACACUACACACUCACACACAAAUGUAGAAAAGAAAUCAAAUGUACACAUCCAAGCACACGUUCGUUGAGAUGAAAAUGAUGCGUUAAAAAAAAUGGGAACGAGAAUUUAACAUUUAUUCAGAAACAAAAAGGAAAGAAGUGUCGCAAGAAAAACUAAACGCACCGUGAACAGAACACACUCAGAUGUAAGCCGUAGUGCGGGGUCAAGAAAACAUUAUAACAUUGUUGCAAAUGCCUGUUCAAACAUGUGCGUUUAAAAAAUGCAAAUAAACAAACCCAAUUAAUAAGACAUAAAACACGAGCGAAGUGUAUGAAAACGAGCGAAAGAAAGCCGGUUGGACAGAGAAUGGUACCACCAGGAGGAUAAUAUGACUUGCGGCAAUGCAAAACGAAUGUUUCGGAAGGUCAAAAAUGGAUGAUGAAUGUUCGCUUAGCAAGCAACAAAAAAUGGAAACCUGUAUAUAACACCGGGUGUUACAAACAACGUGUUAAAAAAUAUUAAGUAAAUACAACAAAGAUACGGCAGAGAUGAAAACAAACGCAGCGUUGGUAAUCCCAGUCAGAGGCCCGAAGGCAUAACACAAAAGGCACUUAUGAGAACAUUUUUAGUAAGUAAUACCAUCAAAACAGAAAAAAAGAGAUGCAUGUAGCAGGGCGAAGUGCAACGCGGAUGUUUAAAUAUGAAGAAAUGCAGCGAAGUGCAAAGUUGAAAGCGUA